AUGGAUUACAUCAUGAAUGGCAAUUGGAACUGGAAAGAUGGUCUCACGGAUUGGAAAUCUAUGGCUUCCAUGUAUGCAUCACUGACACUAUUGAGAGGCGCGGUUAGAGAUUUAGUACCUCCUGAAAUAUAUCAACUUGCAAAAACUUCAUACUCUUACUUCUUCUCUAAAGUUCAACCAAAGUAUCUUACAAUACAUAUUCACCAAUACGAAAACGGUUAUGAUAACACUAUUUUCAAAGCAGUUGAAUGUUAUCUUAGUACAAAGUGUUAUACAUCUUCUUCCGAAUUGCUAAGGCUAUCUAAAAUCAAGAAUGCAAAGAACCAUACUUACACUAUGGUUCCAAAGCAAGUAAUUGAAGAUAUCUUCAGAGGAAUUCGUAUCAAUUGGACUUUGUUAGAGAAUGAGGAGACAAAAGAAUACAAAAGCGCUAGAGGAUACUAUUUGGAGGUUUCUUUUGAAAGUAAAUAUAAGGAGGUUGUGAAUUCAGCUUAUCUUCCUUAUAUAAUCACAGAAGCAGAAGUUUUCAAAUUCCACAACAGAGGGAAGAAACUAUACACCAAUCGGUACGGAGGUAGCUGGUCACAGGUCUGUCUUUUCAGUCAUCCUUCUACGUUCGAUACAAUUGCAAUUGACCCUUCUCUUAAAAAAGAGAUUCAAGAUGAUCUAAAGAAAUUUGUGAGCAGAAGUGAGUUUUAUUCUAGAGUUGGAAAAGCAUGGAAAAGAGGUUACCUUCUCUAUGGUCCUCCUGGAACAGGAAAAACAAGUUUGAUUGCUGCAUUUGCUAAUUACUUGGAAUUUGAUAUAUAUGACAUGGAAUUAACUUCUGUUAGCAGGAAUGAAGACUUAAGAGAGCUGUUAAUAAAUACUUCAAGCAAAUCUAUCAUUGUGGUCGAAGAUAUUGAUUGUUCAAUACAUAUUGAUAACCGAAAAAAGAAAAACAAGCGUAGAAGGAACAAUGACUCUAAUUCUGUGAGCUUGUCUGGUGUUUUGAACUUUGUUGAUGGACUUUGGUCACCUUGCGCCGGAGAAAGGUUGAUUAUAUUUACAACGAAUCAUAAGGAGAAACUCGAUCCGGCUCUGCUGAGGUCAGGUCGAAUGGACAAACAUAUUUUGCUUUCUUAUUGUAAUAUGGAAUCAUUUAAGGUUUUGGCAAAGAAUUAUUUGAAACUUGAAGAACAUGAGUUGAUGAAAGAAGUUGAAGAACUGCUGAGAUUACUUGAGAUUACACCAGCUGAUGUUGCAGAGUGUUUAAUGAGUUAUGAUGAAGAUCCAGACUCGGGUAUGAGAAAUGUGAUUGAACAGCUGAAGAAGAGAUUGCAUGCGAAGAACAACGAAAACAAAGAAAAAGAUACCAAGAAGAAAUCACGAUCUGAUAUCAAAGAAACACAAAAGGCCAAGAAGAAAAAAGAAGAGAUGAAGAAGAAAAAAGAAAGUAAGAAGAAAAGAGAAGAAGAGUCAGAUGAUUCAGAUAACUCAGAGAGCUCAGAUGAGUCAGAGAGCUCAGACGAGUCCGAUAAUCGAACAGCUCAGAUGACUCGGACAACUCUGCCGAGUCAACUGGUUCAGAGGAUUCAGAUGGUUAUGAAACAGCUGGAUCAAAUGAUGAAUCAGAUGAAUUACAUUUUACCGAUGAAACGAGGAUGGCGAUAAAUAUGAUGAUGAUAUGAUGUUGCAGCUUAACUAUAAGAACAGAGUAUAGACCAGAGUCCUGUGCAUCUUGAAAGUUCUGAUAGUUUCCUUAUUCAAACUAGCAUAGCUUUUCUUAUUCUUACUAGCAUACAUAUAUUAAUGUUAUUACUGUACCAAGAUGGUUAAGGCCCCAGUCCUUUUUGUCAACAAAUUAGCAAAAAACUAGUGAUUUACUUGUUUUUAAUACACACUAGUGAUUAUAAACAUCAUUUUUACUGUUUCCCCCAGAUUCAUAUUCUUGACUUUACAAAAUCAGAUGGCAGAGUUAGUUAAGAGUGGACAGGCGCGAACUCAGAAAUUUAAAAACAAACUAAUACAUUGUUUACAUAAUUGAAACACGGGAGAGGUUCAAAUCAAUGACUAGUUGAAGGCGCAAAUUCAAAUUUUUGUGUACUAACUAAUUUCAAGAUGAAAACCUUAGUUACAGCCGGGGAACAAAGAUGCAAACC